AUUGCGUCCACGUGCCAUUUGUUUGUGGUUCUAAAAUUGUUUGUUUUUAGUACAUGCUGUUGCAAUGGAGCCGGGAAUCUGCUAUAUAAAACCAGAAUUUUUGGUUGCUGAGGCAAAUGGCAGUAGCACAGCAGCGCCAGAGCUGGAAACAAAUAAAAGAAAACGCGACGCCGAUAAUGCGGCGGAGGGAAAGCCACAAUUCCUGAGCAAAAAGGAGCGGAAACGUGGCCAGAACAAAAACCGACCCAUCUUCAAGGAUGAUCGCACACAGCAUUUGUGCAAUUCGCUCAUUGAUGGCCCCGGUGGCGCCCCAUGUGCGUUAUCAAACUGCCGAUAUGUGCACGAUCUGCCUGCAUAUUUGGCUGGCAAGGGCGAGGAUUUGGGCGAUAUUUGCGUCGUCUAUCAGACCAAAGGAUAUUGCGGUCGUGGCGUCACCUGCCGUUUUGCCAAGGCCCACAUAGAUGCGGAUGGCAGAAAUAUGAAAGCAUCGCAUUACAAUGAGCAGGCAGCGCAGACCACCUGUAAUGGCAUUAGCUCCGAAUUGCAGGUGCGCUUGCGCAAGCACGAUUACGACUUCAGUCGCACCAAGUUGUUGAUUGCACAAAGUGAAAAACUGCGCGAUGAACGCAAAGCAAAGGCCGCCGAACCCCAACUAGGUGCUGCUAUUGAUGAGUCCACCGUGGGACGCGAUGCACCGCUAAAGCCUGCUGUUGAUUUUCGUGACAAACUGGUGCUCUCGCCGUUGACCACAGUAGGAAAUUUGCCCUUUCGACGCAUCUGCAAGGAAUUUGGCGCUGAUAUCACCUGCGGGGAAAUGGCCUGUGCUGUGCCGUUGCUCAAAGGUUUGACGCAGGAGUGGGCGCUGACCAAGCGCCACCAGAGUGAGGAUAUCUUUGGCGUACAAGUGUGCGGCAAUAAUCCAAAUGUGAUUACACAAGCCACUCAACUGUUACAUGAGACGGCCAAUGUAGAUUAUGUGGACUUGAAUAUUGGUUGUCCCAUCGAUUUGAUUUAUCAGCAAGGUGGCGGCAGCGCCUUGAUGCGACGCACCAACAUCCUCGAGCUCGCAGUACGCAGCUGUGCCCAAUUGUCGCCGCAGCUGCCCUUCACUGUCAAAAUGCGCACCGGCGUUUAUGCGGACAAGAGUGUGGCGCACGAAUUGCUGCCGCUGGUGGAGCAGUGGGGAGCCGCUGCCGUUACGCUGCAUGGACGGUCGCGAGAGCAGCGUUAUACGAAGCACGCGAAUUGGCAGUAUAUUGAGGAGUGUGCCGCGAAGGCGCAAAAUAUGCCCGUCAUUGGCAAUGGCGACAUACUCAGCUAUGAGGAUUAUAAAGAACGUCGUGCGCUUGCGCCGCAUGUUUCUUCCGUUAUGAUAGGCCGUGGUGCUUUAAUUAAGCCGUGGAUAUUUCAGGAAAUCAAGGAGCAGAAAUCCUGGACACCCACAUCCGCACAACGUUUCGAUAUUUUGACCAAGUACUGUAACUAUGGUCUGGAACAUUGGGGCUCUGAUACAAAGGGUGUCGAAAACACACGCCGCUUUCUGCUAGAAUGGAUCUCCUUUCUAUAUCGCUACAUACCGGAAGAGCUGCUGGUGGCACCACCACAGAAAAUUAAUGCCAGACCACAAAAGUAUCGUGGACGCGAUGAAAUGGAAACGCUUAUGAGCUCAAACAACUCGGCAGAUUGGGUAAAAUUGAGCGAAAUGCUGCUGGGUCGAGUGCCCGAGGGCUUCAGUUUUAUGCCCAAACACAAAGCAAAUGCAUAUUAGGCAGGAAAUGUAGACACCGAUGAAGAUUAAGAGUAAUUGUAGACUUAAAGUUAAUAACAUAACCCACGUUUUGUUUAAAAAAACUAGACGUAACUAGCUCUUUCUAUUCUUA